AUGACUAGUGGUGCACCUGCUAGGGGUACUGAGAUCAAUCAGGUGAUCUGGCAGAAUACCCCUAUCAACCCUAGGAAUCUGUUUCUGGAUCCAGUGAGCAAGCUAUUCCUAAUUAGGCUAGCUUAUUCUAAAACAUUCAGUCAUACUGGCCAAGAGAAAGAGGCAGUUAGGGCUUUGCCCCAGUCCCUUUCCUAUUUAGUACUAGCCUAUCUUGCCUAUAUCCGACCAUUUGAAGAGGCCCUGCUUAUUAAGCUGAAUCAGAAGCUACCUGAGGCCCAUUUUCUUCUAUUCUAUGAUCACCGGACCUGCAAACCCCUAUCUUCUAAGGUUCUAUCUAGAACCCUGAAGAAUAUGACAUCAGAGAGCCUAGCUCAACCAAUCAGCUUAUCUCCCUGGCGCCAUCUCAUGCAGGGUUUCAUUCGCCAUGGUCUAGGCCUUCAUGAUCCACUAGCCGAAUUAGGAAAUGAUGACCUAGAUGAUGAGGCCCUAGGGGCUGACCAGAUGCACCAUUCUAGGGAGACUGGCCUGAGAAUCUAUGGCAGAGUGAUUGCUAGCUUCCAGGGGGUUAGGGCUGACAUCCAGAUAGCCCUAGUUACCUUUAGUCAGCGAUGGCAUGCCUAUCUAGGCCUAGCUCCUGACCAAAAGGUUUCUAUUGGCCAGUUCAAUGAAUUUAUCAGCCUUUAUGGAUUGCCUCAGGCUAGUGAUCAAGCCCUCAGGCAGCAAGAUCUAUAUCUAGAUCUAGAUCUAGAUCAGGGUCAGCUAGCUAGGCAGCUAGAUCCAUCAAGAUCAAAUCUAGCAUCUCACCAGCAGCUAGAUGAGGGUCUGCUAGAUCACAUGCUCAAAGAGUUUAUGCAAGAUGAUCAGGUGACCUUUAGAAGCCCUGAGCAGCGCCAGGCUUUUCAUCUUAUUAUGAAACAGGUGCCCUAUCUAUUUUUAGUGCUUCCUACUGCUGCUGGCAAAACCACACUAUUCCUUUUUGGGGCUAGUCUAGCCACUAGUCAGGUUACUAUAGUAAUAGUGCCAUUGAUUUCCCUAAAGCUAGACCUCUCUAGGAAAGCUGCUGCCUUAGGCCUUCAGCCUACUAUCUGGGAACCUGGUCAGGUCAUGCCGCUAGCCAGUUCUAGGGUGAUCUUAGUGCAAAUUGAACAUCUAGAUCACCCUAGGUUCAAUGAGCUAGCAGAUGAGCUGAUUACCCAAAAGAGACUAGCACGAAUUAUUUGGGAUGAAUGUCACCUGAUUCCACUUGCUAAAAGCUAUCGGCCAAUUGUGUUGCGUGCCUGGCAUGCCCUAGCCCUACCUGUGCCGAUGGUAUUCAGCUCAGCUACCUUGCCUCACCACCUCCAGGCUGAGCGAGUUGAUAUGAUGAAGCUAGGGUCCCUGCCUGAGGUUCCAAUAGUUAGGGCUGACCUAACCCUACCAAAUAUGGCAUAUAUGGUUGAGAAGGUCCCUGACCGCCUGCCUGAAUCAGAAUAUGCCCCCUAUCUCCGGCAGUCUAGUACUACUGCUCAGGCUAGUGCUCAGGCUAGUGCUCAGGCUAGUGCUCAGGCUAGUGCUAGUGCUAGGACUAGGGCUAAUGUGAUCAUCUUCUGCCGAACAAAGCGGCUAGUGGAUGCCUUAUCUGAUCAAAUGGAUCCUGAGGCAGCCAAAUUCCAUUCUGAUCUAUCUGACCAGGCUAAGCUAGAUCAGCUAGAUCGAUUUCAAUCUAGCAGAUAUAUCUUAGUGGCUACUGGGGCCAUUGGGGCAGGGUUUGAUUUCCAUGACAUUGACUUAGUCAUCCAUUUUCUGCCUGGUGAAUAUGAGAUGACUAGUUUUAUGCAAGAAUCUGGUCGCGCAGGCAGGUCACCUGACCAGCCUGGAUGGUCAUAUUGCCUAGUGAGGGCAUACCAGCUGCAGGCUAGGCCUAAUCAGAAAGGGAAAGCCCUAGAGGUCUCCACCUUCCUAGAUUAUCUAGGUGAGCAGGUCUGCCGGCGGCGUACCAUAUCUAGGGUGUUUGAUUCUAGGGCUAUUGAGUCAUGUGACCCUGGCUGGGCCCUCUGUGAUCUAUGUGAUCAUAGGCAAUCCAGGCUAGGCCUAACUAGACCCCCUGCGCAGGCACCUCUGGCAGCUAAAUCACCAAGCCUAGCCAUAUCGAAUCACCCAACCUAG